UGCCAGAUGGACUGCGCUUCGGUUUAGCGUCUCCGGCGAAAUGCUUAGCUUCAUUUCUACUCUCGUCGUUGCCUUUUCACCUUCAUAACUUCUUUCCCGCUUUUUCUCCUCUGCAUUUCUGUUCAUCCAAUCUCCCAUCCAUCUUUCUCUGAUCAUUGUGUGAUUCGGAAAAUCAAGAACAGAAGAAGAGAACAACCAGUAUGGCAACGCCGCUUUGUGAUUCACCAAUGGUGAAGCACUGCCACCCUUCCCUUUCAUCUCAAUCUUGCAAGUUUCUCCUCUCUUUUGAUGCAUUCUCUCUGAAAUCCCAUCUUCGCUCCGCAUUUAUCCAUAAAUCUGCCUUCCAAUUCCGAUCCAGAACUUCUAAUUUGGCGUAUUCUACAAAACGGAAUGCGCUCCCUGUAGCUUCGCUUGGAGGUUUUUUAGGCGGAAUUUUUAGAGGAACUGACACUGGUGAGUCCACUAGACAGCAAUAUGCUUCAACUGUUGCCGUUAUCAAUGGAUUAGAAGCGCAAAUGUCUGCGUUAUCGGACUCGCAACUAAGGGACAAGACGUCUACGCUGAAAGAGCGAGCGCAAACGGGCGAGUCACUGGAUUCUCUUUUGCCGGAAGCAUUUGCUGUUGUGAGAGAGGCUUCGAAGAGGGUAUUGGGGCUCCGGCCGUUUGAUGUUCAACUGAUAGGUGGCAUGGUUCUUCAUAAGGGAGAAAUAGCAGAGAUGAGAACUGGAGAAGGAAAGACCUUAGUUGCUAUUUUACCAGCUUAUUUGAAUGCUUUAACUGGAAAAGGAGUUCAUGUUGUUACUGUUAAUGAUUAUCUGGCCAGGCGAGACUGUGAGUGGGUUGGUCAAGUCCCUCGUUUUCUUGGACUGAAGGUUGGCCUCAUUCAACAGAAUAUGACAAGUGAAGAAAGAAGGGAGAAUUACCUAAGUGAUAUUACCUAUGUCACUAAUAGCGAGCUUGGUUUUGAUUACUUGAGGGACAAUCUUGCCACGAGUGUCGAAGAGCUUGUCUUAAGAGAUUUCAAUUACUGUGUGAUUGAUGAGGUUGAUUCUAUCCUCAUUGAUGAAGCAAGAACCCCGCUCAUUAUAUCUGGCCCCGCAGAAAAACCUAGUGAUAGAUAUUAUAAAGCUGCAAAGCUGGCUUCUGCUUUUGAACGUGAUAUACAUUACACUGUGGAUGAGAAACAGAAGACUGUGCUGCUGACAGAACAAGGUUAUGAAGAUGCUGAGGAAAUUCUGGAUGUUAAAGACUUGUAUGAUCCUCGAGAACAAUGGGCAUCAUACGUUCUUAAUGCAAUAAAAGCUAAAGAACUAUUUCUAAGAGACGUCAAUUACAUAAUUCGUGGUAAAGAGGUCCUAAUUGUAGAUGAGUUCACUGGUAGAGUGAUGCAGGGCAGAAGAUGGAGUGAUGGACUUCAUCAAGCAGUCGAAGCAAAAGAAGGUUUACCAAUUCAAAAUGAAACUGUUACCCUAGCUUCAAUAAGUUAUCAAAACUUCUUCCUCCAGUUCCCAAAGCUGUGUGGAAUGACUGGCACUGCAGCAACGGAAAGCACUGAAUUUGAGAGUAUAUAUAAGCUCAAAGUCACAAUUGUACCUACAAACAAGCCUAUGAUAAGAAAGGAUGAGUCGGACGUAGUUUUCAGGGCAACAACAGGAAAGUGGCGAGCUGUUGUGGUAGAGAUUUCUAGAAUGUAUAAGACUGGUCGCCCUGUGCUUGUUGGCACAACUAGUGUUGAGCAGAGUGAUGCUCUCUCUGAACAGUUGCAAGAAGCUGGAAUUCCACAUGAGGUUCUCAAUGCAAAGCCAGAGAAUGUUGAGAGAGAAGCAGAAAUUGUUGCUCAGAGUGGUCGCCUAGGUGCAGUGACCAUUGCUACAAACAUGGCUGGACGGGGCACUGAUAUAAUUUUGGGUGGAAAUGCCGAAUUUAUGGCAAGACUGAAGUUACGUGAGCUGCUUAUGCCAAGACUUGUCAAACUAACUAAUGGAGCUUUUGUAUCUGUGAAGAAGCCUCCUCCUAAGAAAACAUGGAAGGUGAACGAAAGUUUAUUUCCAUGUGAUCUUUCAAGUGAGAAUGCCAAAUUGGCUGAAGAAGCCGUACAGUUUGCUGUGAAGACUUGGGGUCAGAAAUCACUAACUGAGCUUGAAGCAGAAGAGCGUCUAUCUUAUUCUUGUGAGAAGGGCCCUGCUCAAGAUGAUGUCAUAGCUAAGUUGCGGAAUGCAUUUUUAGAAAUUGUCAAAGAAUACAAGGUUUAUACUGAGGAAGAAAGGAAGAAGGUUGUGCUAGCAGGUGGACUCCAUGUUGUAGGGACAGAACGACAUGAAUCCCGACGAAUUGAUAAUCAGCUGCGAGGUCGAAGUGGUCGACAAGGGGAUCCUGGAAGUUCACGUUUCUUCUUAAGUCUUGAAGAUAACAUCUUUAGGAUAUUUGGUGGAGACCGAAUUCAGGGUUUAAUGAGAGCUUUUAGAGUAGAAGAUCUUCCUAUUGAAUCCCAGAUGUUAACAAAAGCACUUGAUGAAGCCCAAAGAAAAGUGGAGAACUACUUUUUUGAUAUCCGGAAGCAGUUGUUUGAGUAUGAUGAAGUCUUAAACAGCCAAAGAGAUCGUGUAUACACUGAGAGAAGGCGAGCACUCGAAUCAGACAAUUUACAAUCACUUAUUAUUGAAUAUGCUGAGCUAACAAUGGAUGACAUAUUAGAAGCAAAUAUUGGUUCUGAUACUCCAACUGAAAACUGGGAUCUUGAGAAGCUCAUAGCAAAAGUUCAACAGUAUUGCUAUCUGUUGGACGAUUUGACCCCAGAGUUAUUAAAGAGUAAAUAUCCAACGUAUGAGAGUUUGCAGAAUUAUCUUCGUCUACGUGGGCGUGAAGCAUACUUACAGAAAAGGGAUAUUGUAGAGAAGGAAGCGCCGGGACUAAUGAAGGAAGCUGAGAGGUUCUUGAUCUUGAGCAAUAUUGACCGAUUAUGGAAAGAACACCUGCAAGCACUUAAGUUUGUGCAACAAGCUGUAGGUUUACGUGGAUAUGCACAGCGCGAUCCACUUAUAGAGUACAAACUUGAGGGCUAUAACCUCUUCUUGGAUAUGAUGGCACAGAUAAGGAGAAAUGUCAUUUAUUCUAUAUAUCAGUUCAAACCGGUGCUUGUAAAGAAGGAUCGGGAUGCUGGAAGGAAGGAGAAGUCGGAAGAAGUUGUAGCCAAUGGUAGAGGCACAGAUAAUAAUAAUUCAGGUCCAGUUGCUGCUGAAUCGUCUUCUUCAGCUACCAGCCCCAAAACAACUGCAUAAAUACUGCAGUUUCCCUUCUUGUGCUUCAGAACUUAUAUCGGCAUAAAUUCUGAGUAUAGGAGGAUUCUUUUGAAGCCUUGCUUGCAUGAGCAUUUAAUUCAAGGUAGUUGGGUACGUUUGCAUGAACGUGGGGGUUUGUAGAUUUGAAUUUUUGUUCAUGUCCUUGUAUGGUGAAUCCAAGAUAUGUAAAAUAUAAUUUUGUAGAAAUUUUGGUCUAAUAAGAAAUGAAAAAUACUUGCAAUCUUUCUUUCUUUUUACA